ACUGACUGUUGCAUCGACUCGGACUUGUAUCGACCUCCAAGCAUUCUCUUCUGGUCUUCAAGUUUUCUCCAUAUAUCGGUCUGCAUGGCAUCCAGAGAAGGGAAGAGAAGAACUGAAGCGCGGGAUGGGGGCAGAAGACGAUAUCGCUCGGAUGGCACUCCGAUCUGGGGGCAGCGGGUGAUAGACGGUCCAGGAGUCUGGGUCACUUGCAUCAAGGGGAGGGAGAAACAGACUGUCGGAGAGCUUUACGAUCUGUUUGACUCUCUUGCGUCCGAGCUGUGGCAGGAAGAGGGCGCAAAAGCCGGAAAUGGGGAGACCGACAGUGAUAACGGGGGCGAUGACGAAGAAGAGCUCGAAAAGCAGAUUGCGAAGGAGGUCGCUUCGAUGAAACGGCCUAGGAAAGAGCAAAGGUUCGUUAAUUGUCAGACGAAUACGCCCUGUGUUGUUUUCAUAUCGUGCAAGCCUCCAGUAGAUCCAGUGCAAAUGGUUGUCAAGCAUGUGCAGAAUGUGGUGGACGCUGGUGUCACCCAGACACGGUACGUAUUAUUUUGUAUCCGAACACCGUCGUCCUUUGUCAUGUUGUCUAGGUACACGCAGCGACUGACACCGGUAUCCGGAACCUGUGUCGCCAACCUUUCGGAGGUGCAAUCGCUGUGUAAGAGGAUCGUUGUACCAUUCUUCGAAGACGAUCCGGAGAAAAUAUAUCGCUACAAGAUUGAGCUCAGAAUGCGUAACCAUAACACGAUGUCAAGGAGCACUCUCAUUGAAGGGCUCGCAAAAUGUAUCCCAGAGAGACACCAGGUCAAUUUAGACAACGCGGAGGCGUUCAUUUUGGUAGAAGUCUUCAAGAGCAUUUGCGGCCUGAGCGUUGUGAAGGAUUACUACAGCUUGCACAAAUUCAACGUGAUGGAGAUCGCGCAUGCAAAGAACAGCGACGCACCGGAGGACGGGAGAAUGGCCGACUCCAGCUCAACCGUCAAAGAUGCUACUGAAUGAUGGUUGUACUAUCAUUAUGUGUAACGAAAUGCAGACCAAAGUACCUGUCAUGCUGUAGCUAUAGCAUAAGAUGUUUGUAUCUACGUUGAAAGAAUACGCGCGAUUGUCCGUUUGGUGUCAAUACCAUAUUACCAAGG